AUGGUGCUCCAGGAGGAGGGCUACCAGCAGUGGGAGUGGCAAGGCAACAAGGUCAACUAUGUGGUAGCGGGGGACGUCAGCAGCGACGCCACGCCCGUGCUACUCAUCCAUGGCUUUGGCGCCUCCGUGUACCACUGGAGGUACAACAUCCCAGCGCUGGCAGCCUCAGGCCGGCCCGUAUACGCCAUCGAUCUCAUCAGCUUCGGGUGGAGCGACCGCGCGCUCAUCCAAUACAGUGCUGCUGCCUCACCAUCCCCUGGCCUACUUAUCACACACACCCUCCUCCCCCCCAACAGGUACAACAUCCCAGCGCUGGCAGAAUCAGGCCGGCCAGUCUACGCCAUCGACCUCAUCGGCUUCGGGUGGAGCGACCGCGCUCUCAUCCAAUACAGUGCCGCGAUGUGGGCGGACCAGGUCUCCUCCUUCGUCCGCGACGUGAUUGGCCGCCCCGCCGUGCUCGUGGGGAACAGCGUGGGCGGGUACGUUACCCUCACCACUGCAGCCAACCACCCAGAUGUAGUAGCUGGUACCGUGCUUGUGAACGCCGCAGGGAAGUUUAGUGAAGCUCCUCCCGGCACGGCCCCGCUCUCCGGAGCAGACGAGUCUCCCAGCGAGCUGAAAGCGCGGAAAGCAGCAGCAGCGAUGCCUGUUGAAACCCAUGCGCACCAGCACGGGAAGGAGGAGCAGGUGCCGUUCACGGUGGUUGUUAAGGAGAAGGUGGGUGAGCUGGUGGAAGGGGUGGUGGCGGCGGUGGGGAAGGUUGCCCGCCGGGUUGUGCUGCAGGUGACGUUUCUGCAGGCGAAGCAGCCGGGGCGGAUCAAGCAGGUGCUGGAGCUGGUUUAUCCGAACGCUGCGAGCGUUGACGAGGAGUUGGUGCGGUCGAUUGUGCUGCCCACACGCGAUCCCAACGCCGCCGAGGUGUACUAUAGGCUGUCUACUCAGGUGCUGCUGCACCCCUCUGCUCUCUCCCUCAACGACCUUCUUUCGACUCUUCGCUCGUCCGAGAGUCCCAUGCUGCUGCUCUGGGGGGCGCUGGAUCCGUGGAUGACUCCUGCUAAGGCGCAGACUAUUGUGGAUAAUUACCCUGCGGCGCAGAGGGUGGACAUUUCUGCGGGGCAUUGUCCGCAUGAUGAGGACCCGGAUGCGUUCAACCAAGCCUUGCUUCAGUGGCUGCAGUCCAAGUUCUGA